ACGUCAAAGAGGAAAUAAAACGCCACCCUGCUACCAACACGCUCUCAUUUCUCUGAGUACAACAACUGGUGAACAGCUGAAGUCUGAGCUUAGACAGAUUACAAACCAGGCACUAUUAAGUCUAACUCAGGACAGAUACAGCUCUUCCGAUUGCCUUUGCUGAAAGUGCCAACACUACCGUGCGUAAUUACGCAUAAACAAAGAACAAUGAAUGCCACAACCGCUAUGGAAGUGAACGCCGAAGCCAGACGGAUCCUGGCCGUGUCGAUAAGCAAGCUGUACGCUUCCCGGACCCAGAGAGGCGGACUGAGACUCCACCGGAGCCUUCUGCUCUCCAUGGUCAUGAGGUCUGCCCGGGACAUCUACCACUCCUCCCGGGAGAUCGAGGGGCAAAGCGACGCGCAGCCAACAUCGGAGCCGAUGGAGACGAGCUCCGAUCAAACUGUGCCCGAGCCUCAGCCUGAGCUCCAGCCAGCAGUGAACGCAGCCGAGCCGCCCUCAGAGGAGUCAGACAGCGAAGACGAAGGCUGUGAUAGUGAUAUCGCAGAGGACAAAGAGAACAUGAGCCCGACGAAGCAGUCCAGGAAACGCCGGGGCAAGGCGGCGGCGGCGCCUGACUUCCUUCCCAGCAAGAGGGCGAGGCUGGAGCCCGGGGAGGAGAGGUAUGCGGCCCAGCUGGGCAGCUGUCGCGCCGGGGCCGCGGAGUCUCUGACCGCUUUGUCUCUGAAUCUAAACCGGGUGAUACCUGCUUUCUGAACAGAUGGAGGGAGAAAAUAACCUCCAAUGACACUUUGGAGAGGAGUGAUUCUGAACCUAUAAGGGAGGUUUGACCCCCUUUGCGCACCAAGGAGCUGACCUACAUCGGCGGUCCCGGGACAGAGGGAUUACCGGGACCAUGGUGCGAGCUCUCCGGUGGAUCUGAGUGUGCCUGGCGGACUGGUGAAGGCCCUACAACAAGCACAGAGGGCAGACACUGAAGCAGGCCGGAGGGGUACGGGCUGGAAAGUUUGAGGAAGACACUGAAGGGGAACUGGCUGCUUUGUGUUUCCCGGUGAUUCAGCUUCAGUAAAAUGAGUCCAAACAAGUGACUGACUCUGACUCAAAGUGUGUGAAUGUGUGAAUCAGCACAGAGUCGAAUGAGUCAGCCACAGAAGAAGAGACCACAGAGCAAACCCGAGACUUCAGGGAGUUUCCUGCCUUUAUACCGAGGCGCAAACCCUGAAAGAGGAAGAACAGUUAAGGCAGACUCACUGCCACACACACACACACACACACACACACACACACACACACACACACACACACACACACACACACUGCUGCUGUGGACUUUGAUAAAUCAAUACUACUGCUAUGGGACUGUCCUGUGUACUGUGUUCACGUGGUGUGUUGAGAAGAACAGGCUGUCCACGAGCUGUUGGAAGCCCAGGAAUGGAAACGUUCACUGAGAUGUUCUUGUUUAUAUCAGAUCUGUGAAAAAAUAAUAUUACCCUCAAAUUCCAAGCUGCUUUUUUACCCGAAUGAUUGAAGUAAUGGUGUUAAUACUUGUAAUAAACACGUUGAAAGGGUA